AUGGUACCCGUGCAUGUGCAACUUUUGGCGCUUAUGGCAUUCAACUUGAUUUAUUCUUACUGUUCGCCGCCCGGCGGCCACCAAGAAUUCGGUAUCUUGAACAAGAGAACGCAAUCCAAUAUCCAACGGAACGCCUUGCCACCUUGCGGAGAAAAAUGUAUAGCGAAGUCAUUAUCGGAGACGGCCUCUUGUCAUCCGGCGGAUAGCUGGUGCUUAUGCCACACCGGACCAUGGCAGCUCAAAUUGGAACAGUGCUUUGAAACUACUUGCAGUUCCCCCGUCGAUAUGCUCACUUCACUAGUUGCCAAUCACGAUUUUUGUACGAAACUCAGUCCAACUCCAACGAAGCCUCCAAAAAAGCCACAAACGAACCCUUUCAAAUCCUUACCCAUUGAUUCGAGUCUGCAAAAUCAAACCACAACGGCAGCGACGGUUGCACCGCAAUCAUCUGGAGCAGAGAAGCCUCGUCCAAAUGCCACUGAACUGUUUCACGGAGUAUCUUUUAGAAAUCAAACUCUGGCACCACAUUCCCCUUUCGAAUCUACUUCCUCGGCCUUAAUAAUUUUUAAUUUUCAUUUGAUUUAUUUUCAUUUGGGGAUGUUCGCUUUGAUUUUCAACAUGACCGAGUAA